GUUUUGGGUUGUUAGUGUCUUUUUGUCAAUGUCUAAAGCGUAGUGUCUUUGUGUGUGAGUUAAACCUGUAGUUUGUUUGUUUAGUGUUGCUUUGUAAAAAAUGACAAAACGCCGAAAUCCGUGGUCGGACGAUUCACCGAUGCAAUUGAAGAGUCAUAUAAGUGCAAGGGAAGUUGCCAAUGGCGUAAAUGGAUCUGUAUUCAAGGAACAUAUACAUGAUCACACUAAGAAUUUACUGACCAGUGGUGCCAAAGAGUUUUAUGCAAAAUCCAAUGGACAGCACCUUGAAAACAUUAACAAUAACAACGAAAUGUCAACACUGUGUGAGGAGAAACCUCAAAAAUCCAUUGUGUCAUUCUUUUGCAAAGGACCGCGACAAAAAUUGGACCAUCGAAUAAAGAAAAAGUUAGAUAAUUUACACCCUCACUGCGAGCAUGAAAACCCGACAUCUCAAUGUUUCUUUUGUGAUCAAGUUAUUUGCCCUUCUUGUGAACAAUUUUGUUGUCUGUGCAAUCAUUCAUUCUGUUCUCUGUGUUCUGUACUCAGUUACAGUUACCCAAACGAAAUGGCAAUUUGUUUAAGUUGCAAGCGAUAAGAAUUGAAAAGAUGGAAAAAAUUCAACACUCUCUCUUUACUGACCUUUGUUUUUGUUACUGUUACUUACUGCACUUGGGUGCCCUAGCUUUUUCUGCCACUUAUUGUUUUGUAUACGCUUAAAAUGACCAAAUGCCACUUUCAAACGAUCUAGUACUUUGUGUUUUUCUUUAAUACACACAACCCUAUAACCGGUUUA